AUUCUGUGGAGAUAUUCCCAACUAUUCUGCGAAGUUCUGGUCUCGGGAUGUGUUCAAUGAGCUCAAGGAUUGGAGGAAUUCUUGCGCCACAACUCAUAGGACUUUCAACAUUUGGAAAGUCGUUUCCUCUAUUGAUCGCAGGGUUGGUGUCUGUGAUGGCAGGCAUUCUAGUCGUGAAUUUGCCGGAAACCCUUAACAGACAACUUCCCGAAACAUUAGAAGACAUACAGUUUCUCAAAGACGGCAAUAAAAGCUUUAAGUUGGGCUCAAAACAGAGUUGCAAACAAUGGGGAGACAAAGACGAGAGAAUCAAACUCUUAGAUGAUUCCCAAAGUUAGACAAUGUUUUGGUUAUAUUUGAAUAUAUUUUAUGCAUUGUUUUAAAUGACAUAUAUUUAUUUGAUUACAAUUUUAUAGUAGUUUUAUAUACUCUAUUAUCAUCAUUUAAGUCAUACCG